AUGUCAUCCAAUAUUAAUCGCGGUACAUCGGAAGUCGUUCGUGUGGAACCACAGAGUAAUACACAAGACUUUCAUCAAGAACUACCUUGCAACGGUCGUGCUUGUAUUCGUUGUGGUAAGUGUCGCGAUUGGGUUUGGAUUGAUGGUCACAAUCAGUGGAUGGUAGAACGCAAAUAUUAUAUUAGGCGUCCUGAUGCUACUUGCACAGGUUGCUGUGGUGGUCAAUAUGAUAGUCGAUAUGACUAUGAUUCUUGUUAUGGUGGUGGUUCCUAUUACCAUUUUUUUUGUGGUUGUUGUUUCUUUGGUCGUCAUUGUGAAUGUGAUGAUAACCGUCUUUUAGAGUGA